AUGGUACGAGCCGCUUGGGACAUCGGACCAGCCACUAGUUUCACCAAGCUAGUCCCAUGCGCCACAAGCAUCCCUCAAGUUAUUCUCACUGAUGCUUCUUUCAAUGUCUCUCUGUUCAAGGCCAUUGGCAAGGCUGUAUCGACGGAGGCAAGAGCAAUGUAUAAUGUGGAAUUAGCCGGGUAA